AUGACUUUCUUCUGCACCUGGAGCACGCUCAGUGCGCUGAGCGUGCUCGUCCUCGCCGUGAGGGAGGAGUCAUGUUGCCAGGCGAUGACGCUGAGCUCCGUGCUCCUCCCCCCGGCUGGGGGUCGGGGUGAACUGCCCCGUCGCAGGAGGAGCUGGGUGUGGAACCAGUUCUUCGUCCUGGAGGAGUUCACAGGAGAUGAGCCGCUGUAUGUUGGCAAGCUCCACUCGGACAUGGACAAGGGCGAUGGGCGGGUGAAGUAUGUCCUGAGUGGCGAGGGGGCGGCGUCCAUCUUUAUCAUCGACGAGAACACAGGUGACAUUCAUGCCACCAAGAGGUUGGACCGGGAGGAGCAGGCAUACUACACAUUGCGCGCUCAGGCUCGCGACCGCAGUACCAACCUGCCGGUGGAGCCCGAGUCCCAGUUUGUCAUCAAGGUCCAGGACAUCAAUGACAAUGAACCCAAGUUCCUGGACGGGCCAUACUCCGCCAGGGUAGCCGAGAUGUCUCCCACAGGAACCUCAGUGGUGACGGUGCAGGCCACAGAUGCCGAUGACCCCACCUAUGGGAACAGUGCCAGGGUGGUGUACAGCAUCCUGCAGGGCCAGCCCUACUUUUCUGUGGAGCCCAAAACCGGUGUGGUGCGGACGGCGCUGCCCGACAUGGACCGCGAGGCUCGGGAUCAGUACCUUCUGGUCAUCCAGGCCAAAGACAUGGUGGGUCAGAUGGGUGGGCUGUCAGGAACAACCUCCGUCACCGUAACGCUGACUGACGUCAAUGAUAACCCACCGCACUUCUCCCGCAAGAACUACCAGUUCACUGUUCCUGAGUCAGCACCAGUGGCAGCUGUGGUUGCCAAAAUCAAAGCUUUGGAUUUAGACAUGGGGUCAAAUGCUGAGAUGGACUACAAGAUCCUGGAUGGAGAUGGACUGGAAACAUUCCAGAUCACUACCGAUCAGGACACCCAGGAAGGACUGGUGACCCUGCAGAAGGGUCUGGAUUUUGAAACACAGUCUAGCUACACGCUACGAGUCGAGGCUACCAAUCGUCACAUCGACACUCGUUUCCUGUCUCUGGGUCCGUUCAGCGACACGGCAACGAUCCGUCUGCUGGUGGAGAACGUCGACGAGCCUCCGGUCUUCUCGUCAGCCGUCAGUCGGAUGGCCGUCUCUGAGGAGGCUCGGGUCGGAGCGACGGUCGGCUCGGUGUCAGCUCACGACCCCGACGCCGCCAACAGGCCUGUCAGGUUCUCCAUAGACAGGAACACAGAUCUGGAUCGGUACUUCAACAUCGACAGCAGCUCCGGCGUCAUCAGCGUGGCUCGACCUCUGGACAGAGAGGUCAACGACCUCCACAACCUCACCGUCCUCGCCUCUGAGAGCUCUAACCCAUCCCAGGUGGGGAAAGCUCUGGUCCUGGUCUCUGUCACGGACAUCAACGACAAUGCUCCGACCUUCGCCAUCGAUUAUGAAACUUUUGUUUGUGAGAACGCCAAACCAGGACAGGUCAUUGAGACGGUCAGUGCCGUGGACCGAGACGAGCCACAAGGUGGACACCGCUUCCACUUCUCUCUGACCACCGAGGCUGCUGGGAACCAGAACUUCACCCUCCAAGAUAAUGAAGACAACACGGCGUCCGUCCUCACCGGGCGAGGCGGCUUCCGGCCCGGCGAGCGGCUCGUCUUCCUGCUUCCUGUGCUGAUCUCGGACGGCGGCAGCCCGGCGCUCAGCAGCACCAACACGCUCUCCAUCCGAGUGUGUGAGUGUGACCGGGACGGGAGGCGGAGCUCCUGCGGCGGCGCCACGCUGCUGCUGUCGGCCGGCCUGAGCACCGGCGCCCUCAUCGCCAUCCUGGCCUGCGUCCUCACGCUGCUUGUUCUGGUUCUGCUGAUUGUCGCCGUGAGACGCAGGAAGACAGCGCCGCUGACGGCGGACGAUGAGCGCGACGUCCGAGAGAACAUCGUUUGCUACGACGACGAGGGCGGAGGCGAGGAGGACACCGAGGCCUUCGACAUGGUGACCCUGAGGAACCUCCACACCGCUAGGAACCGCCGUGAUGUCACGCCAGAGGCACCGCAGCGCUUCUCCAGAGCAACGGCGUACAGGGCGGCGGCCUCGGCGCCCGACAGCUCGUUGUUCUGGGAGUUUAUCUGGGACAGACUGCGGGAGGCCGACUCAGACCCGACGGCGCCGCCGUACGACUCCCUGCAGACGUACGCCUUCGAGGGCGGCGGCUCGGCGGCGGAGUCGCUCAGCUCGCCGGAGUCCGUGACCUCAGACUCGGAGCAGAGCUACGACUUCCUGAGCGAAUGGGGGCCGAGGUUCAAGAAACUGGCCGACCUGUACGGCCAGAGCGACGGCGGCUCCGCCUCCUAACCCUCAGGUGUUGGCAGCCACCUGAGGAUCAGAGAGAAGAACCGGGGCUGCUGGGAGAUCAGAAACACAAACGUGAGAAAGAGCUGAUCUGAGAUCUGCAGGCCGCCCGGAGUCUUUUUUAAACACAACCUUUUCCCUCC